AUGGGGAACCUGCCCUGGAACCCCCGGAUUGAGAUGGAGGAGAUGGAGUGCAACAUCAUUGGGGUACAGAGCACCUCCCCAGGCAUGGAUGGAAUCACAAUGUGGAUGCUCAAAGCAUGCUGGCAGCAUGUGUCCCUCUUUAUACAGCAGCUAUACAACUGCUGCCUCCGGCUCUGCCACUUCCCACGAGCCUGGAAACUGGCAGAGGUGGCAAUGAUACUCAAGAUGGGUAAAAGGGAUAGAAGCUCAGUCCGCUCCUGGAGGCUCAUUGCCCUGCUUUCAGUAAUCUCCAAAGGGCUGGAACGCAUCAUUGCAAGGCGACUGGCGUACACGGCACUCAUUCACGGCAUAGUCAGUCCACAGCAUGAAGGAGCGCUGCUCAGAUGGUCUGCAAUGGACCUGAUAGCUGCUUUCACUCAUGAGGUGGAGGCAGCCUUCACACAAAACAAGGAAGUGUCCAUGGUCACAAUGGAUGUGCAGGGUGCCUUUGAUGCUGUGCUGCGCAGGCAGCUGCUUCAGUGGAUGGUGCAGCAGAAGUGGCCACACGAGCUGCUACAGCUCAUUGACAGUUUCCUCACUGAAUGCAGAGCUCAGGUCCAGCUGGAGGGGAUCACCACAGCAGCACAUCAGAUGCAAUGUGGCACACCACAGAGAUCUUCUUUGUCAUCAAUACUGUUCCUUUUGUAUCUGACAGAGCUGUUGUGGCAAAACUCAGAAUUGCACUUUGACUAUGUGAAUGAUCUGAACAACUGA